UUUGAGAGACUAAGUAAAGUUAGGUUAGGAAGCAUUAAAAACAAACGGAACAUAACCUUUCAUAUAUAUCGACGGCAGUGAUCAGAGUGGUUACUAUUACAAAAGUGAUUGUCAAGGAAUAUAUUAAUCAGCAUCAAAAUAAAGGAAAAAUAAAGCAAUAAUUCUUAAUGAAGACUGCUCCACAUCAAAGGUUGGUCAUGGUUGGCGAUCGCGAUGGAUUGAAAGAGUUAUUACGUCGUCGAUUAGUUGAAUGUGGUUGGAGAGAUCAAGUGAAAUUAAUCUGCAAAGAUUUGAUAAAAGAACAUGGUCAUGAAAUUACUUACGACAAAUUGCUUUCAAUGGUUACGAGUAAAGCAAGGACUCUUGUACCAGACUCUGUUAAGAAGGAACUUUUACAAAAAAUAAAGAAUCAGCUAAUUGCUCAAGAAGAAAAAUUAAAAAUGUGACGAUUUAAAAGUUUCUACUCUUAAACUUUUAUUUUGCACAAAGGAUAUCUUUCGACAAGACUGUAUACAAAAACCAUGAUAUGUCGCUUUAAUAUCUGUUACGUAUUCCUAUGUACCAUUAUAAAUAUCGUUAAUUGAUAAACUUAUGCUAAAAUUACAUUAUAAAUAAAUUAUA